GAUAGGAACGCAGAAAAUUUCCAAUACUUUUCAAGCUUUCAUUUAGAUGAUUCCAAAUAUCUUUCUGUUAAUUUUACUACCCACUACGUGUUCUGCACUCAAAAUUCUGCAAGUGACUGACUUCCACCUUGAUGUUGAUUAUUCCGUCAAAGGAGAUAAUCAGAAGAUGUGUCAUGGUAAUUCUUCAAAUGCAACACUUGGAACUUUUGGUGAUUACAUGUGCGAUGCUCCAGUGUCGCUUGCCGAACGCACCCUGGCUGAAGCAUACAGAGUUAUACAUGAGCCUGACCUGGUUUUAUGGACAGGAGAUAGCAUACCCCACAUCGAUGACUAUGACUGGGCGUAUGUGAACAAAACAAUGGAGUUGAUGACAAGCAGCGUGUUUGCUAGAUUCCCUAACUCAAAAAUUCUUCCCGUUUUUGGUAAUCAUGAUUAUUCUCCUGCUAAUGCUUUUGAUAAGAAUAGUGUGCUUUACAAGACGUGUUGGGAGCAAUGGCGCAAGAAAAUUGGUGACAGUGAGAAGGAUCGAUUUCUCCUUGGUGGCUACUACAAGUUUCCCUUCCUCAAUACUACCAUCCUAGUGCUAAACACGAAUCUAUACUACAAGCCAAAUAAAGCUUAUGAUAAUUUUACUAGUAAAGAGGAUCCAGCAGAUCAGUUUGCUUUCAUGGAAACUGAAUUAUUGUCAGCUUUCAAAUGUCGUCAAUCGGCAUCACCCAAUUGCAGCCGGACUGUGCACAUCGUUGCGCACAUUGCACCCGGAGUCUUCGAGAGAACACCGGGAUUCUCAUGGUUCCGCGAUCCUUACAAUGAGAAAUUUCUCGAUCUUACUGUAAGAUAUGCUGAUGUAAUUGGUCUAAUGAUCUUUGGCCAUCACCAUACUGAUACAUUUCACCUUGUCAAGGAUGCUUCUGGCAAAACAGUACAAUUCAUGUUGAUGGCCCCGGCAGUAACGCCUUGGUUCUCCAGUCUUGAUGGCGCAGGGGCAAAUAAUCCCGCUUUCAGAAUCUACGACGUCAACACUGACGGCCUGCUCAAUGAUAUCUCAACCUACUACAUCAACUUGACCGAGCUGAAUAAAAAUGAUUCGGCAAAAUUUGAGCUGGAAUAUUCAUUCAAAACGGCAUACAAUAUCACUUCAGCCAUUGAUAUUGCUGCAAUGGAAAAGCUCUUGGAACGGAUCAAGACGGACGACAAUGUGUUCAAAAAGUAUAUAGAUUACAACUCAGUGUUAUGGGAUCCAAAAAUGCCCGAAGCAAAAUUUAGAGCUGCCCAGUUAUGCUCAAUGGAGUUUGCCGAUUAUCCCCGAUACGAUAACUGUAUGAAGCCGUACAACUUUUCACCUUCAAAUAGAAUGUUUGCUACAAUCACGUUGUUGUUGUUGUUGUUCACCAUCUGGACAUAAUAUAGUAAUACUUUUUUGAGCUUUUGACAACAGGAUUUAUCAGUGGCUUCACUGCAUUGUAUAGAAUUUUUGAGAUAAGUAGAUUCAAAGAACCUUGCAACUCACCCGGAAAUCGUUUCUAUAUUAUCUAUAUAAUUUCUGAAGAUAUUUGAGCGGAUAUCCAUUUAAAUGUCUUUCUAACCCCUUCGAAAGUCUGUGAUUAGAACUGUGCCUUUACAUUCUCUGAACGAGUAAACUAAGAACACUUAAAUA